CGUACACGUCUUCUGAUUCAUUUAUUGACAGUACUUUGAUGUUUCCCAGAGGCACGCCCCCGACGCCGUCCUCCACCUUCCUUCCUUCUUUCCGCCCUGCCUCCAAUGGCCGGAGGAAUGUAGUGUUGGUUUGCCACUUUAAAAAUAACACCGCUCACCUCUGAGAGCGCGCGGCUCCGGUGGCUGGCCUGCACUGUGCGACGAGGAGCGGGAAAGCCAACAUGGCUACAGACCUCGGCGAGAUGCUGGUCCCCUACAUGCCCACCGUCAGAGUGCCCAAAACCGGAGACAGGGUGUUUAAGAGCGAGUGCUCCUUCUCCUUCGACUCCCCGGAAUCUGAGGGAGGCCUGUAUGUGUGCAUGAACACAUUCCUGGGCUUUGGGCGAGAACACGUGGAGAGACACUAUCGCAAAACAGGCCAGAGUGUUUACAUGCACCUCAAGCGACACGUCAAAGAAAAAGCCACAGGAGCUGCAGGAGGCGCCAUCCCCAGGCGACGGAACGGAAAAGUGUUUUUGGAUUUAGAGCUAAACCGUGAUUUUAACGGUGAGGACUAUGAGUACGAGGACGAGGCCAAGCUUGUUAUAUUUCCAGACCACUUCGAGAUCCCCUUACCAAAUAUUGAGGAGUUACCCGCUCUGGUAACCAUCGCCUGUGAUGCAUUGCUCAAUGCGCCGUCGGCCUACAAAAAGCAGGAGCCUGAAUCCUGGGAGGAGGAGAUCCAGGUAUCCAGACAUGCCAGAAGUCUUAGACAGUUGGACAAUGGAGUCAGAAUCCCCCCCAGUGGCUGGAAGUGUCAGAAGUGCGAGAUGAGAGAGAACCUGUGGCUGAACCUGACGGAUGGCGCCAUGCUCUGCGGCAAGUGGUUCUUUGAUGGCAGCGGGGGGAACGGACACGCUCUGGACCACUACAAAGAGACCAAACACCCGCUGGCUGUCAAACUGGACACCAUCACUCCAGAUGGAGCAGAUGUCUAUUCGUUUGAGGAAGAGGAAGCUGUGUUGGACCCGCACAUAUCAGAACACCUGUCUCACUUUGGAAUAGACAUGCUACAGAUGCAGAAAAAAACAGAGAAUGGCCACCACACAGACAACAACGCCCGGCCACGGGUCAGCGAGUGGGAGGUGAUCCAGGAGUCCGGCAUGAAACUGAAAGCGGUCUACGGUUCCGGUUACACGGGCAUCAAAAACCUCGGCAACAGCUGCUACCUCAGCACAGUCUUGCAGGUCCUCUUCAGCAUCCCAGACUUCCAGAGGAUGUACGUCGGGAACCUUCAGAGGAUAUUUGACUAUUCACCCCUUGACCCCACACAGGACUUUGCCACGCAAAUGGCUAAAGUGGGCCAUGGGCUCCUCUCAGGGCAGUACUCCAAACCACCCGUGAAAUCUGAGCUCAUUGAACAGGUGAUGAAAGAAGAAUACAAGGUAUUAAACUGGCAACAACAAAAAGGCAUCUCCCCCCGGAUGCUGAAGGCUCUAGUCGCCCGAGGACAUCCGGAGUUUUCCUCCAACAGGCAACAAGACGCACAAGAGUUCUUCUUGCAUAUGAUCAACUUGGUGGAGAGGAACAGUACGAGCUCAGAGAAUCCGAGUGACGCCUUCCGCUUCCUGGUGGAGGAGCGAGUCCAGUGCUGCCAGACACGCCAGGUUCGAUACACUCAGCGGGUGGAUUACUGCAUCCAGCUGCCGGCCCCCAUCGAAGCCGCAACCAAUCGAGAGGAGCUGUUGGCUUACGAGUGCAAGCGGAGGGAAGCUGAGGAGAAUAUGAGACCCCCCCCAGAGCCGGUGAGGGCUCGCAUCCCUUUCACCGCCUGCCUGCAGGCCUUCACUGAGCCCGAGAACGUUCCAGACUUCUGGAGUUCGGCGCUGCAGGCCAAGUCUGCUGGAGUCAAAACAUCUCGCUUCGCCUCAUUUCCAGAAUAUCUGGUGCUCCAAAUCAAGAAAUUCACAUUUGGAGUUGACUGGGUGCCAAAGAAACUAGAUUUGGGCAUAGAUGUUCCAGACUUCCUGGAUUUGAGCCGUCUCCGGGCCACAGGGCUGCAGUCAGGUGAAGAGGAGCUCCCUGACCUGAUGCCACCCAUUGUGCUGCCUGAAGACAUGAGAGAUAGCUCGAUGAGCUCCUUAGACUCUCCAGAAAUAGAUGAGGCAGCAGUAAUGCAGCUGGCAGAGAUGGGCUUCCCGCUAGAGGCCUGCAGGAAGGCCGUCUACUAUACUGGCAACAUGGGCCCCGAGAUGGCCUUCAACUGGAUCAUAGCCCACAUGGAGGAGCCUGACUUUUCAGAGCCUCUCAUGCUGCCCUCUAUGUUGGACCUGGGCCUUUCCAGCAGUGCAGACAGCCCCAUGGGCGCCACCCCGCUGGAUAACUCGCCCCCCGAGGAGAGCAUCGCCAUCCUUACUUCGAUGGGCUUCCCUCGCACUCACACCAUCCAGGCGCUCAAAGCCACGAACAAUAACCUUGAGAGAGCGCUCGACUGGAUCUUCACCCACCCGGAGGAGGAGGAGAGCGACGCCCUUUCCAACAUGGCAGACACGGAGCCCAAUGACAACGCUUUCUCCAAUGCCAACUCGCACAGUGACUCCACAUUGUCCCCAGACAGGGACACGUCGGGGCCGCGCGUCAAAGAUGGACCAGGACGUUAUGAGCUCUUCGCCAUCAUCAGUCACAUGGGAGCGUCCACAAUGUCUGGACACUAUGUUUGUCACAUUAAAAAGGAAGGAAGGUGGGUGAUCUACAAUGACCACAAAGUGUGUUUAUCAGAAAGGCCUCCAAAGGACUUGGGCUACAUCUACUUUUACCAUCGACUGUCAAGCAGUUAAAGUUAAAGUUAGCACCCAUUAGCAC